AUGGGUCUAUUCGGAACAGUAAGAGGGGUAGAGGAGCCUCUCAAGAAACCAUCUGAGGAUGAAAAGAGCAAGGACAAAAAAUCUGGCGAUGAAGCCGAUGGUGGUAAUAGGAGCAGGAGUGGUGACAAGGAGUCAAAGUCGGAAAAAAAGGGUUCAAGUAAAAGCGAAGAUGGUGAAAAGGACAAAAAAUCCAGCGGUUCUGAAUCUGAAGACAAGAAAAAAUCCAGCAGUUCUGAAUCUGAAGACAAGAAGAAAUCCAGCGGAUCCAGCGAUGAAAAGCCUGCCAAAAAAUCCAUUGAUGAUUCUGAAGAUGAAAAGCAUGCCAAAAAGUCCAGCGAUGAUCCAGAAGAUCCUGCCAAAAUGCCCAGCAAAUCUGAAGAUGAAGUAAAGGAAGCUAGCAAGACAUCGAAACAGAGCAAAGGAACAAAAAAAGCAGCCAAGAAGAAACCAAAGUCCAGCAGCUCUGAAGAUGAGGAGGAAGAAGUAAAGAAGAAGUCUAGCAGCUCUAAAGAGGAGGAGAAAGAAGUGGAGAAGAAGUCUAGCAGCUCUGAAGAGGAGGAUGAAGAAGCGGAGAAGAAGUCAAGUGACUCCUCUGAAGAGGAGGAGGAGGAAGUGAAGAAGAAGUCAAGUGACUCCUCUGAAGAUGGAGAGGGAGAAACGAAAGAAAAGGGCUCUUCUUCCGAACAAGGUGGUGAAGGUACGACAGAGGCAGCUAUCGAUGGAGAUGUUGACGGUGAUGGCUUCAGUGGAGACAUUGAUGAUUAUUUUGGUGAGAUGGGCCUCUACAGUUCGACAUCUGGCGACCUGAGCUCAGGGGACUUUCUUUACGCUGAAGAAGGAAUCGAAGCGAUUGAUCACGACUAUGGGGGCAAUACGAAUUUCUUUGCUCCAGAUGGAGAAAUUAUUGGGGACCUCGGCGAGAGUCCAUCAUUGAAACCAGUGCUUGUAAUGGGAGCAAUCAUAAUUUACCUCCUCAGCCGACGGACUCAACUCAGAAAGCAUCACAACAACUAA